GUAUAUACCACAGAUGUGUGUGUAUUUUUAUAUGCUAUGAUUCAAACUAUCGAAUACGCAGCGAGUAAUCGACUUUUCUCGCAAACGAUUUUUCUCGCGAUACCAACUAGAGUUAUCGCUCAUCGCACGUUUGGUGACACGAGAAAUCAUCGAACUGGCAAUACUGAAGAAUGUUCGUCCUGUCUGCCAGUGUGCAAUCGGGCGUGAAAAUUCGCGAUGUUAGCGAUACGAGAUUAGUUAGCACGAGUAUUAUCAUAAAUUGAGCUCGCGAAUCAUCCGUAUCUUCUCCCUCCUUUUUCUUAUUUUCGAGAAUCGCGCGCGAGAUAAACACAGGGGGGAAUCCGAAGAUGAGUCUCAGCCUGACGAAGCUUUUCUCGAAAAAGAAGAGCUGUCCCGUUGACACCGUAGUCACGGAGAUCGGUUUUCCAACCAACGUCUCGCACAAGUUCCACGUGAGCAAGAAUGCGGAGACCGGUCAGUUGGAGGGUCUGCCGGACCCGUGGAUACGUUUACUCAACACGCAAAUCUCCAAGUCGGAGCAGGACGAGCAUCCCGAUGCCGCGCUCCAGGCGAUCAAGUUUUACAACUAUUCGAUCAAGCGGAAGCCGCAAGAUCAAGAGGUUUUCAAGCCAUUCGUCACGCAGGACUUGAUCGAGGAAGAGUCGCAGGAAAUCGACAAUAUUCUGACCAAGAAGUAUCAAUCGGAUGGCUCCGAUGACGGCUUGAUCUCCGAGAGACAAUCUACGGGCGAUCAAGCGCAGAGGUUACCCGAGUUGCCGCCAAAAGUCAACAAACCGCCGAAACCACCGCCAAAACCGGCGCCGCGCAAGUGCAACGAUCGGGUGGAGAAAACGCUCACCGAGAUACUGGAAGAUUUGAAUACGUAUCAGAUAGAUGACGAUUUAUCAUCAGAGAAAGAUGUUACGUCGAGUAGAAUCGAGGAGAGCCCCAUUCUGCGUAGGAAAACCGAGUGUAUUGGUGUGAGACUCAGUGACGAACAGAUAUACGAGGAACUCAGGGCUAUCUGUCAACGCGGGGAUCCUCAUUUGCGUUUUGAAAGAACUAAAGAGGUGGGUGCCGGUGCUUCGGGCACUGUGUUCAUAGCUACCGACCUUCAACACAAUCGGAAAGUAGCUAUAAAGGAUAUAGAUUUGUCCAAGCAGCCAAAAAAAGAAUUGAUAUUAACCGAGAUCAAAAUUCUCAAGGAGUUUCAUCAUCCAAACCUGGUGAAUUUUCUCGAUGCCUAUCUCGUCGACGAACAUCUUUGGGUAGUUAUGGAGUUACUGGAAGGUGGACCGCUCACAGAUGUGGUCACUGAGACUGUGAUGAAGGAAGUUCAAAUUGCAGCCGUUUGCAGAGAAGUCCUCAAAGCGAUAAGCUUCCUGCACACUAGGGGUAUUAUUCACAGGGAUAUUAAAUCGGAUAAUGUGCUAUUGGGAAUGAACGGUGCGGUGAAAGUUACAGAUUUUGGUUUUUGUGCUAAUAUUGAUGGUGAUGAAAAACGACAGACUAUGGUUGGUACUCCAUACUGGAUGGCACCAGAAGUAGUAACGAGAAAACAGUACGGCAAGAAAGUGGAUAUCUGGUCACUAGGCAUAAUGGCUAUAGAAAUGAUAGAAGGAGAACCACCUUAUAUGAAAGAAACACCAUUGAGAGCGUUAUAUUUGAUCGCUGCCAUUGGUAAACCAUCCAUUCCAAGAUGGGAUAAUCUCACCCCAACGUUCCAAAAUUUUCUAGAGAGAUGCCUCGCUGUAGAAGUCGAUGAAAGAGCAACCGCUGAUGAAUUACUUUCUCAUCCAUUCUUAGAAAACUGCGCGGAAUUAUCCACACUUACUCCAUUGAUUCGUGCGGCGCAGAAAAUUCUCCAGAAAGCGUUCCAUUAAAUAUUUCUACAGAAUUCCAAGUUGUAUUCAUAAUACUGGCUCAUGCUCCAUCACUCUUUAUAUUAUAUUGAAGGCUAAAAAAAAGGUAUUUCAUGAUUAUUAUCCGAUUUUAAUUAUUAAUUUUAAGCUUAUUUGACUGCCUGUUAUUUUUACUAUGCUGGUUUGGAAACCAAAGCAUAUAGUGCACUUUUGAUAGUCAUUUUAAGAUUAUUUUAUUCACAAAGAAUCCAAUUAGUUAUUCUUAUUUACUUGUAAUUAUUGUGACAAAAUAGUAUGUGGAUAUAUAAAUACUUUGUGGAUAUAUCUAUUUCCAAUUUUAAUUUCUAAAGAGUUUAUCUUAUUAUGUGCAAUACAAUUUAUUGUAAUUUAGGUUUUUAUUCAAGUAUUUCGCUCAAUAAUCUAUUAAUGCACUAUAUGUUACUAUUCAAAUGCAAUACUUAUCAAAACAAUAAUAGCAACAGAAUAUUCUAGUUGUAAACAAUUGUGGAUAGAAUGCAAUUUUUAUAUCUUUUUUGAGAGAUAAGAGGAAUAUAUACAUUUAUAUACUGUAUUUUUAUAGCACUGUCACAAAAAAAAGAUAUAUAACAGGACUUUGUAAUUUUUUUCUUAAAACUGUACUUAUAUAGAUCACUGUGGGAACAGAAAUACUAUAUGUAUUAGAAAAAUAUAUAUAUAUCAAGGAAGACAAUAUUAGAAUCAGUUAUAUAAUCUCUGCUGUCAGCAAAUAAAAUAUUAAACUUUAGCUGUUAAGGGGACAAAACAGUAGAAUUGAACAUGUUUAUAUCGAGAAAUCAUUAUUAAUCAUGUAUGAAAUCAACUUUCUAAAAGUUCCAAAUAUGAAAUUGAGCAACCCCUUGUUUAAUAUCAUAAAAGACAAAUAAUGUCUAAAAUUAAGUAUUAUGAAUCGAGUGUGACAUAGCAAGCAUUGUACAAUGCAUCCUUUUAAGAUUAUUGCGAUAAUACAUAAUUUUAUAAGAUUUUACCUCCACUCUCUUUUAUAACAUAUAUUCUUUUUGAAAACUUUUAUUUAAGAGCGCAAUAUUGCUCAACUAAAUAUUAUAUUCAUAUAGAUAUUUUAUAAUUGAUAUGUAUAUACAUUAAUGUUCUAUAAAAAAAAGGUUUAUAAUGCACUAUCUACGUAUGUAAUGGGAUUAUUCUAAAGAAUGAAUGUUUAGACAUUUAAGAUAAAAAAAAUUUGAGCAGUAAUAUCAAGUAUAUAUAAAAUCACGACUGUGAUAAGCAAGAAAGUUAAGUCAUACUAUACUUUUUCUGCUCUAUACCCCAUACAAGUAAUACCAUAAAAAUUAUAUUAAGAUAAAUUAUCAAAUACUGAAAAUAUCCAAUUGUGAGACAACAGUUUGAAAUACAAUUGCUACAUGUUAUACAAUAUAAGCUGGCCAAGCACUAUUUGUCAAUCAUGGAACGUUAAAAAAUAACAUGCAUAUAAGCGAAUAUAUUUAUAUAGUAUUGUAAUCAUUUGCACGAUUUUCAAUAAGAAACACAUUAUCGACUUUUUUAAAUUUUUGUAGGAUUUAUACUCAUAGAUUUCGAGAAAAGUAUUUAAAAGGCCAAAAUGAAAUGCGAAGGAUGUAUUAUAGAGUAUUCUAACAUUUGUGUGCCUUAUUAAACAAACACGUACGAUUUUAACUAAUGUACAAACAGACACAUAUAAAAAUAUUAUUAUCAAUUAUAAUAAGAUAUAAUGUUAUAUAUAACAAAAAUUAAAUAUUUGUACAAAAUUCAUGCUAUAUUAUUGAUUUAUGUAUUAGGGAAAAAGAUUAAUGUUUACAGAUAUACUGGUGAAAAAUACCACGCAUUUUAAGUAAUAAAUAUUUUAUUUACAACA